AUGCAUUUCACUACAACUCUCGCAUCUCUCGUGCUCUUGGGCAGCUCUACCAUUUCUGGCGUUGAAGCUAAGUGCUUCACCAGUGGCAUUACCUGGCCGGGCGGCCUGCAUGUCUUCGUCGCGGAAGUUGAGCGUGAAUGUCGCUGUGGUGCGUUCGCGGGUACGUUCCGUCCUGGUGAGGUCAAGUACAAGUGCAUUCAGUACGGAAGCGGUACCAAAAUGGAGUACUCCAUUACGAACAAGAACACCAGAGACUCCUUUGAUCUCCAGGAUGAGCAUUGCAUUGGCGGAUUAAGUGAUGAGAUCAGAGGCUGCUCCCGGGGAGGUUCGUCCGAGAAGUCAGGAUGGGUUUUCACCUCCGACCCUAAUGAGGGCCGCUGUUAG